AAAGCACUUCUGGUGUCAUUGGAGGAUGGGUGGAUGUUUCUACCUUUGAUGGGCUCUCCAACAACAUGCCUAUACUCCCAGCUCUGUGACUGUCAGAAAAGGGAGCGAACAGUUUGGUCAAAAGCAAUGGUGAUGAAUGACAAUUUGGUCAAAAAAUAAAUAUCCAUCAUCAUCAUCAUCCUGUGACAUGCAUUCAUUCUGAUAUACCAAGGAGUGCUUUUCUGAUCCGUUCUGCCUCUAAGCACUUUUUUGUUUGUUCAGAAUUCUUUCAAUUUCCCCAGAAAGACCUCAUUUUGCUCUUUCUGUGCUGUUUACGAUAGCAAAAAGUAAAAACUGAAACCCAGAAUCCAUUAUGCCUUAUACUAGGUCAUUGGUUGAAGACAGCAGGCGUACAGACUGUAUAUACAGAACACAAAAAGUACAAAAACUGGGUCAAAAUGUUAGACUGUGGUUCAAAACAUCAAUUUUUAAACAAUUUACAAAUUUUAAAGCAUCAUGGAAGAGAUUGUCAAAUAAGCACAGGUGGAGCAGACGUCAUUGACAUGAAAAUGAAGGAAUACACUGCCUUUCAUACCCCCAAACCUUUCGGACCAUUUAAAAUUUUCUAUUAAAGAAUAACGUAUCUUCAAAAAAAAAAGAAGAAUGUAUCUUCAUCAAAAAAUCAGAAAACUGGGGUAUGGGAAAAGAACAUGAAGAAUACCCAUAGUUAUAUAAGUAAAUUUAUAUAUAAGCACACACACACGAUUGUGUAUAAGAAGAAUUUUCAGGUAAGAUACAGUUAACAUUGCUUCUCUAGGGAGUGAACAGGAGAACAAUUAUAAGAGGUAAACUUCCUCUUCACUGUACACCCCUCUGUACCCCUGGAAUUUUCUUUACUGUGUACUGGUGAAAUAAACCACAUUUCUAAUUUCAACCAUGCAGAGGCAACUCUUCAGCCAAAUGUAACUUUCCACAUCCUCAUGUAUGCAAAUACGUCAUUAUUAUUUUACAGAAAUAGGAUCAGGCGGUACAUAGUGUCUCACAGCUUACAAAGAUCUAUUUUUGAAAAUAUUAAGUAACACAUAGAAGAGUCAGAAAGAAGCACUAUUUAAUGAUAUGCCAAAAAUACAAAACAAACAACAAUGCCCCCCAAAUAUGGUAUGGGUUUAUUUGGUUUUUUUAAACCAGAUUGUUAUCAUGAGCAAAUUGCUGUGCCCAUCAGCUUCCUUUGAACCAAACUGUUCUUCAUCCAGUUCUUUGAAGUCAUUGGAAAUUCCCAUGACCUUUCUUUAAAAUGAAGAAUGACACUCGCUUCUCUAGGGAUGAUGAGAUCUAUGUGAAAGACGUACAGUUAAGAAUUUAAAUUUCUGGAGCCAAACAGACCUUGGUUCAGAUCCCAGGGUGAAUACGUGGUUGAGAGAAUGUGAAAUUUUUCUUCAGGGUUUUGAGGCUCAUUUUUAGGCUGGUGAUGAUUGUACCUCUCCCGCAGGACCACGGUGUGAAGGUAAGCACAUGACACCUAUAAAACACUAUGCCUGGCCCUAAUACAUAGCAAGCCUGUACUCCCUGGCGGCUCCCACCAUUUUUGCGGUGGGUGAACCAGGCACAUCUGGGCGGGGCCGUGCUGGGCUGCUGGAUUUGAGCCCGGUUUCUAUUGGAACCCAAAAGAUGGCUCUCACCCCUGAAGUCAGCGUGCCUUGGUUGGAACUCGGUGUCUGUCAUUGACCUUGCUGGUGUGUCUUCUGCAAGGCUGUCCGCUUUCCUGGUCCUCCUUUUCCCAUCUAAAAUAGGCCUGCUUCCUAGAGCUAGUUUGAUGUAUUUGUGGAAGCAGUUUGUAUGCUCUUGAGCACUGAACAGAUGUAAGAGAUGAUGAUGGAGAAAACAAUAUUCGUAGUGUUUACCGUGACCCUCCUCUGCACUAUGCUCCUCUGAAUGCUUUUGUGUAUUGACUCAUUUUAUCUUCACAGCAGUCCUAAGAGGACUCUUAGUAGUCCCAUUUUACAGAUGGGGAAAUCUGAAAAGGCACAGGCACAGAGGGGACUCCAGGCGGUGAGUAGAGGAGCUGGGAGGGAAGCUAAGGGAGCCUGCAGCCCUAACCGCUGGCCUGCACAGCCUGCCUUUGGUUACAGAGCAUCCCUCCCAAAUUCAUGUCCACCUGGAACCUCAGAAUGUGACCUUACUUGGAAAUACGAUCUGUGCAGAUGUAAUUAGUUCCAUUAAGAUGAAGUCCUACGGGAUUAGCAUGGGCCCUACUCCAAUAACUGGUAUUCCUAUCAGAAGAGAGCAGAGGAGACACACGCAUACAGGGGGGAAGGCCUGUGAAGAUGGAGGUACAGACCGGAGGGCUGCACCUACAGGCUAAGGAACGCCCAGGGUCGCCCGAAACCACCAGAAGCCAGAAAAGGCAAGGAAGGAUCCUCCCCUAGACCCUCCAGAGGGAGCAUAGCCCUGCCGAUGCCUUGAUUUGGGACUUCUGGCCUCUGGGAGAGAGCACGUUUCUGUUGUUUUUUUUGUAUUUUUGUGUGGUACGCGGGCCUCUCACUGUUGUGGCCUCUCCCGUUGUGGAGCACAGGCUCCGGAUGCUCAGGCUCAGCGGCCAUGGCUCACGGGCCCAGCCGCUCCGCGGCAUGUGGGAUCUUCCGGGACCGGGGCACGAACCCGUGUCCCCUGCAUCGGCAGGCGGACUCUCAACCACUGCGCCACCAGGGAAGCCCACGUUUCUGUUGUUUUAAUCCACCUCCUAUCCAGAGGAGAAAGGAGGCAGCCAGGUAGCCUGGCACUGCUGGCCAGCUUUCUGGGUCAGCCCCUCUCCAGGCCAUGGAGAAGCUAUGUUACCUUGCAGGUGUCCUUCCCACCUUGAAGGUCCCCGGCGCACAGCAUGCUCGUGGUGAGCAGAGGCGUCGUGGGGACGCAUGUUUCCCACUCGAUCAGCUGGAUGUUGACUUUCCAGAGCACUGUUUCCGUACUUCGCUUAGGAACUGACCCAAAGAAGAAACAGAUGGGGAGAGAACUCUGAGCGCAGCGUGGUCCCUUUGGAGGACCCACCCACAUCAUGUCUUUUCACCUCAACAACAAGGGAACUGCUCUGUGGCCCCGGCAAUGACCCAGAUUUGGACUGGGUGAGGAGGGGGUAGGAGGGGUGUCCGGGAGACUCUUGAGCCCACCCUCUCUGAAUCAAGAGCUCCUAGGACUGGGUCUCUACUGGAUUUCAGCCUCAGUGAACCAUUUUCUCACCCCGCCAAGGGUGCCAGGUUCCAGCUAGGGUCCUAAAAAGGAGUUUCAUUCAAAUCCAUGAGGAUGUAAAGAGAACCCACGAUGACAAGUUCUGUCCUGGGACCCACAGCACAAAAAGAUGGGCUUGAAGCUUGUGUCGGGGUCCUUGAGGAGUUCACUGCCUGUGGGCUCUAGCUGAGCCCAACUCCUAGAACGUCCACUUCCGAAGAUGGGGAUGUGUUCCUCUUUGUAUGUUGCUGAAUCCCCGGAGCCUACAACACUGCCUGAAUCAUAGAGGAGUUUCAAAGAAAAUGAGCAAUGGGCUGCAGUUAGAAUCCACCACACACUGAGGAUCGAUCCUCCACAGAGAUGAUUCCCACCGUCAAGGAUACGCGUCUGCCAUGGGAAAUCUACAACGUCUGCAGGCACCCCGCCUAUGAUAUCCAAAGCUUCUGACUUCUCAGAACUGUUUAUUCUUUGGCCACAUUUCACUAAGAGCAGAAAGAAGGAAGAGGGAGGAGAGACCCAGCGCCCAACAGUCAAGACGAAGAAACAGUCUUGGAGAGAUCACGUGAUUGCUGAAGACCAUUCAGCUUACAAGUGACAGAUGGGGAUCUUUCGGGCAGAAUGCGGUGAAAGACCCGUUUUUGAGAGAGGAGCUCAGUAUUCCAGAAUCAUAGGAGGGAUGGAGGCUGAGGUGGGUGAGUUUCCAUGGCAGGUGAGUAUUCAAGCAAGAAAUGAACACUUCUGUGGUGGCGCCAUCAUCAGCGAGUGGUGGAUUGUCUCGGCGGCUCACUGCUUUCACUCUGAGAUCUCGCCAACAGAACUGAGAGUCGUGCUGGGAACGAAUAGCUUAAGCAGCCCAUCCCUGGAAGUAAAGGGGGUCACAAGCAUAAUUCUGCACAAGGACUUUCAAAAACUCAACAUGGACAAUGAUAUCUCCCUGCUGCUGUUGGACACGCCCAUCACAUUCAGCGAACUGAAAGAACCCAUCUGCAUGCCCACAGAGCCCGGCCUUUCCAGGUGGCACAAAUGCUGGGUGGCAGGAUGGGGGCAGACCCAAACUGGUCUCAAACAGCCUAUGGAAACAGAGCUGCUGAAAGUGCCCAUGACCAUCGUGGAUUGGGAGAAGUGUUUAAAGGAAUUUCCAAGACUUACCAAAAAUAUGCUGUGUGCUGGAUUCGAGAACGAGACCUACGAUGCUUGCCAGGGUGACAGCGGGGGUCCUCUCGUCUGUACCACAGAAUCUGGCAAGAAGUGGUACCAGGUGGGCAUCAUCAGCUGGGGAAGGAGUUGUGGACAGAAGAACGUUCCAGGAAUAUACACCUUGUUAGAAAACUACCACUCCUGGAUCAAGAAGAUGUCACCCCCUCUUCCCGGCUGCCCGGGUGUCGGUGUCGCCGGCCUGGGCGCUCUGCCACGACCGCUGUGGGCGCAGAUGGAGCCCAUGAAGUGGACUGCUGGCCGCCACUCGAGGUCACCUGGUUUCCUAAGAAGCAGAUUCUCGGCAAUUUCUCACAGGAGGAGCAUUUGCAACUCACAGCUCUGCUGGCAUCCUUUCCCCAUCCCUCCCCGCCCGAACACGGCUCGCUCGUUUGGAAAGUAACUGUGAAACCUUUUACCCCUCCUGUUGAAAAGCACCUUCUCACCCAUCCCUUUUGCCUGUAGAGGUAGCAGGGCAGAGAGGACCACUCCCACUGCUCAGAUGAGGAAGCCGAGGCUCAGAGAAGGGAAGGCGUUCACUCGGACUGAACAGUGCUAAGAAUGUGGAUGGGAGCAGGGGGGUGAUGCCGAAAGCUCAGCUUCUCUGUGCGCCAGUGCUGAAUCAGAUCUCGGAGACAGAGUUUUGGGUGAAGUAGAAAAGAACAGCUUUAUUACUUUGCCAGGCAAAAGGGGACACAGUGGGCUCCUGCAUCGAAAAACUAUGUGUCCCCACCCAGGAGGAUGUGAUGAGGAGUUUUAUAACAGUACUUCAAGGGCGGGGUUGCUGACAAGAUGAGGGUGUGUACAGGGUCUCAGCUGGUCCAUCUCCUAAUCGUGAUGGGCUUCUCUGGUCCCUUUAAUCUCGCCUCAGGUGGUUCCUUGAUUAGCAACUGUUCGAAUCUGCCCUUUGGAACUCAGGGAAGGUCAUGGAGGCUGGAGUCUUGCUUACAAGAAACGGGGGACAAAAAGAAGCCUCCGUGCCCAGGCCCCACUCGGUUUCAGGGGUAGACAUGUUGGAGCCCCCAGGGCACCCCAGGAGCCCAAGUGGCCUGGCUUCUAAUUCUACUGCUCCCUUGCUGCUGAAGUCCAGAAUGUUUUAGAUUCCCUGGCCUCCAGGCUCCCCGAGGAGCAGGCAGAACACACACCAUGGAACCCUCCUUGUUAAUAAAGGCUGCCAUGUGCGUAAUGCUUCCUACACGUCAACCGCCCUUGUAAAUACUCUUAUACGUAUUAAGAUCUUGUUGCUGAAAUCUCGGCUUCUGUACACCCGUGCCAAAUAGAAAUACGGAGACAGAAUUGAGGAGGAACGCAAAAGAAUAGCUUUAUUUCUUUGCCAGGCAAAGAGGGAACACAGCAGGCUAGCACCUCCAAAAACUGCGCCCCCCUUGGAGAAGCUUUAUAGUAAUGGUUCAAAGAAGGUGUGAUCAGCUUGUGGACAUUUUUCUGAUUGGUUGGUGGUGAGGUAAUUGGGAGUUGACAUCAUCAACCUUCUGCUUCCAACUGGUCUGGGGUCUACAUGCUUGUGGGAAGCAUAUCAUCAUUAACUGUUAACUUUUCCUACCUGGAGGGGGUAUCUGCAAAACAGCUCAUAGACAUUGUUGUGUCCAUUGAUGGGGAACCAGGACCUUGCCCCAAGGCGGCACUAUUGUUUCUCUUGACUGCUCCUCCCUUGUCUCCCAUCCCUUCCCUUCCCUGAUUAACAACCGCUUGAAUCUGCCCAUUGGAACUCAGGGAAGGUCAUGGAGGCUGAAUGAAGCCUAUUUCCUGUAAUCAAAGAAAUGGGGGACACAGAAAGGCUUUGUGCCCAGGAGCCCCACGGGGCCCUGCUCAGUGUCAACCCCCCUCAGUCAGAGUAACCCUAUGAAAUAGGUACUACCACUGGGCCUUGUUUACAGACUGAGGAAACCAAGGCCCAAGGUCACAGGGCUCUGAGGAGGUGGGGCUGUAUUCACGCCAAACCAGUCUGGUCUAGAUGGAGGUGGACUGAGCCCUUGGGCCACCCUGCCUCUGGACACUGUCCAAGGCGAGGACACUGACCCACAGGUCUGAUACCUGGGUUCAGGUAUCACUCACUCUUUGAGGAAUUUGGUCACACUUGUUCAAAUUUUGUGUCCUCCUUGGUCAAAGGAAUCUCUAGAGAAAGUUACAGAGUAAAAACCCAUGAUUUCUCGUUUGUACGCAUGUAGCGAGAGCACCUCAGCUCUUUAUCCUGGAUCCUGGAAGAGCAAUGGAACAGGGGAGGAGGCUCCUCCUUCUCCUCUAGACUGAGGUUCUUCCACGGGGAACAUGGAAGCCAUCCGUCAAUAAGCCACUCAGUCAACACACAUUUAUUAAGCACCUACAGUGCCCCAGGUCCGGCAUAUCACUAUGAUCGGGUAGGCAUGGUGAAUGUCUCUCUGGAGCUUGCAUUGUGGUAGGGAAGCCAGCAUUGGACAGGAAAUGACAGAGUGACAAAUCUCACUGAAGGGAAGCCCAGUGUUCAAUGUUGCUAACAUUCUACAAUUCCUGUAGCACUCCAGAAGUCUCUGUGCUUUAAGCUGUUUGCAGUCUGCAGUCAUCUCUUCGAGCAAGGUUAACGAUGGAAAUGGUUAGCUUGGAUUGCAGGGGUGAGCAGGGUAAUGGGGACAUAAGCAAACCUGUGGACAGUGAAAGGACUGAAUAAUCUACAUAAGAAAGGGCACGUGGUCACGUGAGAAGAAAAGAUGAAGAUGGAGCACAGGUAUCUAACCUGGAGACCAGGGCUUCCUGCCGCCUUUAGAGAUAGCUGGUCCCCUGCACUUAUCCCACGGACAAUACAGGAUGACAGGCUUUUUACAAUAACAUUCAACCAACGUUUGAUGAGAACAGAGGAAGUGCCGGCACUUGCUAAACAAAGAACAAGAUAGACAAGGUCUCUGAGCUACUCACCAUCAAAGCUUUGUGUAAGCAAAAAAAACAAAACAAAAA